GACAGAAGGAAACAGGAAAAAUGAUGCUGAUUGCUGUCCUCUGUCUCUCAGUCUUGCAGCGAGCAAGUGCGGCAGCCGUGUUUCCCUUCUCCUCACUAUCAACACGUAACGCUACCAACAGGCAGAAGAUCGUUGAUAUCCACAAUGCCUACAGGAGAAGCGCCAACCCAACUGCAUCCAACAUGCUGAAAAUGAGUUGGAGCAUUGAGGCCGAAAACAAUGCAAAGAAUUGGGCAACUACAUGCAAUCAGUAUCACAGUCAACCGGCUGCCCGGCAGAUUGCCAAUAUCACCUGCGGGGAAAAUCUGUUCAUGUCGUCCUACCCGGCCUCUUGGGAGGAGGUGAUCCAAUCGCUUCACAGUGAAUAUGACAAUUUUGAAUACGGAGUAGGAGCCAAGGCGGUUGGUCUCGUCAUUGGGCAUUAUACCCAGGUUAUGUGGUACAAAUCCUACCGGAUUGGAUGUUAUUGCACAGAAUGCCCCAACGAUGGCGUCAGGUUGAAAUACUACUACGUUUGUCAGUACUACCCGGCAGGAAAUUAUGCUGACAGAAUAAAUUAUCCAUACAAAUCUGGCCCGAGCUGCGCAGACUGCCCAGACGCAUGUGAUAACGGACUAUGCACCAAUCCCUGCCCGUAUGAAGAUCAAUAUAGCAACUGCGAUGAUUUGGCAUCUGGAGAUCAAUGUGAUACAUACCAAAUAGUAAAGGAAGGUUGCCCGGGUUCCUGUCUCUGCAAAAACAAUGAGAUAAUAUAACCAUUUCCCUAGGCUUCCCAACCCUUUAUAACUACUGUAUGCCUGUGUAAUAUCUACUGGCUAGAUACUGGGGUUUUCUGGAUAAUGGAUCUUUACAUAAUUUGGAUCACCAAACCUUACUGUCAUGAUAUUUAUGGGGUACUUUUUACUUCUAAAUGACACUGUUACACAGCAAAUAAUUCCCUCUGCCAUUUAACCUUUUAUUCUUGAACCAACAAAUGUAUUUGUAGCUGUAAUAUUGGUGUGUAGGCGCCAUCUCAGUGCAUUGUGCCUGAGUCUGAGCUUUCAGCCAGCGCUACACAUUAGAACUGCUUUCAGCUAACCUAUUGUUUCUCCUACUCCCAUGUAACUGGAGGAGUCCCAAGCCGGACUUGGAUUUCUUACUAUUGAGUGCUAUUCUGAUACCUACUGGGAGCUGCUAUCUUGCUCCCUUCCCAUUGUUCUGCUGAUCAGCUGCGGGGGGGAGGGGGGGGAUAUCACUCCAACUUGCAGCGCAGCAGUAAAGUGUGACUGAAGUUUAUCUGAGCACAAAUCACAUGACUGUGGCACCCUGGGAAAGGAAGAAUAUGACUAUCCGGCUAAGGGAUCCCAUAGCCUUCUUUUUUACUCAUGUUCCCUAAUUUCAUUAUAAAGGGGAGCUAUUAUUUUAAUAUAAUGGAAUAUUUUGCUUGUUACAUUGUUAACUAUUAAUUAGAACACAAAUAAAUACAUGACUAUAAAUAUUUA